AUUCACGAUGGGCCCCAAGGCGUUCCCCCUCCUUUCGACCCGAGUCAUGACCGUGCUCCUCUGCUUCGGAAUCCCCUCUGGCAUGCCUCGUGCUCUCCCUCCAUCGUCCACGGCAAUGGCUCUCCUUUCAGACAAUAGGACAGAGUCAAAACAAGAAAUGGCGGAACCAAGCACGACUCAGAACGCGUGCACCACGACGAGCAAUGACUUGGAAGACUUGGCCCGGUGCGUCCAGUACUUGAAUACCCGUCUGGAGGAUUUGUCGAGCCGUUUCAAGCGAUCCAUGGAGGGCACCGACUCUCGAGAUUCCGAGCGAGUUUUCAUUUACGACUGGCGAGUCCCUGCGGAGUCAAUGGAAAAUUACACACUGGGAGAGAGAUUGACCUCCGAAAGAUUCUACAUCUCGCCCGGCGGUUACCGGAUGUUCCUGACGAUGUACCCAACGGGAGACGCGACGAAGGACGACGCCUACCUGCCCUACGUGAACCUCUUCGCCGGCAUCGCCCGCGGCGUCCACGACGACCACCUCCUCUGGCCCUUCGUCCUCGAGUAUCACCUGAUCCUGGUGGAUCAGACGGAGGAUCAUCCUCUGGACGCGGAAGUCGCGGUCAAUCCCCGCCGCAACUGCAUGGAUAAGGGAGCCAUCGGAAACGGACUCGAUCCGAGACAGUUGAUCGACCGACACGCCUUCCUCGAGGAAGAGACCAAGAGAAAGGGGAAAAAGCGGCCGUUCACCACGGAGUCAAGGAAGGAGAAAAGGCUCAUCUCGAGGACGUACGGCUAG